UCCCUUUCGGAAGGCGGGGACUCGGGGCGCGCGUCGCAGCCCCGCAUCCGGCGGUGGGUGCGCCCGCAGAGUGUGCGCCCCGAGUCCAGGCCGAGCCCGCGGGCCAGAGGGCGCCUGGAGGGUGUGCGCGCCGCGGACGGCGAGGGUGCGCCAGCGCGGGGAGCGCGCCCGGGACGCGGCCCGACCGUGCGCCCGGAGGCUGCGUGCGCCCCGGAGCCCGGGUGGGCACCUCCCGCCAGACUCCCGCGGCUCGCCGAGAACUCUCCAAAUAACUUUCAAGACUUUGUGGAUGAAGACUGCCUGAGAAAGUGAAGGUUGUGGUCCUGAAGAUGGAGAAGACAGAUGCCAAAGACCAGACCUCUCAGGGGGUGGAAGAGAAAAACCUUCCCAAGAGUCACCCUUAUUCUGUGGAGACACCAUACGGCUUUCACUUAGACCUCGAUUUCCUCAAGUAUGUGGAUGACAUUGAGAAGGGAAAUACCCUCAAAAGAAUUCCUAUCCACAGAAGAGCCAAACAGGCCAAGUUUAGCACCUUACCCCGAAACUUCAGCCUCCCAGACAGCAGGGCUCGUCCUCAUGUUCCUCUUCCCCAGCAAAACUGGUCUCCAGUGGUGCUGAGGAAGGUGUCCUUGGGCACCCCGGAGCAGAGCCAGGCCCUGCGGUUGAGCGAGCCCCUCCAGGGCCCGGCCAGUGGGAGCGAGCUCAGCUACCACAGGAAGGCCCUGUUGGCAGAGGCUUCCAGACAGCUGGAGACGGCUGGUCCAGAUGAUGCUGAUCUGACCUGUGGUGCUGGACGGCCUCAGCUUCUGAGAGCAUCCAGCAUGCCAGCCACACUGCUGCAAAACAGGGCCUCAGAGGAGGCAGGCCUGGGCUCAGGGACCCCUGUGCCCCCAGCCCUGCCUCCACUACUGGGAGAAGACAGUGUCUGCGAUGGUGCCUUUGGCCCCGCAGCAGGAUUUGCAGGUUUGCACAGUGCCAGCCCUCAAGCAUCAGCCCAACUGACGGGCAUGGAGUUGGGAGAUCCGGUGCGGGUCCAGGAGGAGACUGAGUCUGCAGAGGGUGAAAUGGAGACUCCAAACCACGUGUUCCUCCCAGGCCCUCCUUCCUCCUUCCAGAAGGUUUUUCCAGACCACGGGGAAGGAGAACACGGAAGCAGAGCAGAGGUGGUGUUCACACCUGACUCCUGCACGCCCAGCCCUCCCCCUUUGCCGUCCCCCAUCCCGGAGAAUGAGCUCCCACUGGAAGAGAUUGAGCUCAGCAUCAGCGAGAUCCCACCCCCACCCCCGGUGGAGGUGGAGGUGAGAAGCAUCGGCGUCCGGGUCACGGAGGAAAACCUCGGCCUGGCGGGGUUCGAUCCUGGUGCCAUCUCCAGUCUAAAGCAGCAGGUCUCCGCCCUUGAGGGCGAGUUGUCUGGAAGCACAGAGGAGCUGGCCCAGGUCAGAGCUGCCCUCCAGCAGCACAAAGAAGAAAUCAAGGCCAGAGAGCAGAAGAUUCAAGAGCUAGAGUCCUCUGUAGCCCGAUUAGAAGAAAAGCUUAGCCAGGAGAAUACCAGAGUUGCUAAGGGCCAGGCAGAUGCCAUGGUUAACACAGAUCCUGUCCAUGGCCUCUUCCCCUGGGAGUCAUGUGACAAGAGCAUUGGGGUCAACCUGAGCAUCACAGACCCGGAAAGCUGGGGACCCAGGGCAGAGGACAGUGGCCUCUUGUGGGGACAGGAGAGUCCAACAGCAGGGGAGCAGAGUCCUGCAGAAUAUGGGCCACCCCACCUGUCACUGCCCAAGGUACCUGAGAAGGGCCUCGCUUCCUCUUUAUGUAGCUGCCUGUCCACUGAGCUCAGAAUCGAAGAAGAGGUCUCUGAGCCAGACACAGCCCUCCCGGCAGCUGUGGAAGGCCCAGCCAGGGCAGUAGGCGGCUCUUCAUGGAGCAGCGACCGAGAGGCCACGCAGGCCACUGCAGAGCUCCCUGGAAAGGAGCGCCCAGAACGGCCAGCGAGUUCACCAACCGAUGCCACAAUCGGGCAGUAUGUGAAGAAGAUCCAGGAGCUCCUGCAGGAGCAGUGGAACUGCCUGGAGCAUGGGUACCCGGAGCUGGCCAGCGCCAUUAAGCAGCCUGCCUCCAAGCUCAGCAGCAUCCAGAGCCAGCUGCUCAGCUCCCUCAACCUGCUGCUGUCUGCCUACUCUGCCCAGGACCCUGCUCAGAAGGAGCCCUCAGCUCCAUCCUCCCCACCAAUAGAGAUCUCCCCGUCGACCAGCCUUAAAUCCAUAAUGAAAAAGAAAGACUAUGGCUUCCGUGCAGGAGGUAAUGGGACCAAAAAGAACCUUCAGUUUGUUGGGGUUAACGGUGGCUAUGAGACCACCUCCAGCGAGGACACCAGCGGUGAAGACAGCUCCCCUGAAGACUUGUCUGAUAGUGAGGCAGAAAAGAAAUGCGAUGGUCCAGAACCUAGGCAGGGCAGGGCUGCCCACCCCAGCUGUGAGGUGGAGCAGGCUGUCUCCCAAGGCGUCAUCCUCACAGAGCAGGACGAUGGGCCUGGAGAGGAAUUCUCCCAUCCCAAGACUGAGAGAUGUAAACCCUCAGAAGAGUUUCUUAAUGCGUGUCAAGCAUUGAGCCAACAUCUGCCGGAAACUGGAACUGCCCCCAACCAGCUCUUGAGGCAAAGCUUGAAUACCAUCAGUCAGGAAUGGUUCCGCGUGUCCAGCCGAAAGUCAUCUAGCCCUGCCGUGGUGGCUGCCUACCUCCUUGGGGUCCAGCCUCACUCCCCACAUCUCCUGAAACUGCUGGUCAACUUGGCCGAUCGCAACGGGAACACGGCCCUUCACUACAGCGUGUCACACUCCAACUUCGCUAUGGUGAAGCUGCUGCUAGACACAGGCGUCUGCAGCGUGGACCAUCAGAACAAAGCUGGGUAUACUGCGGUGAUGAUCACUCCCUUGGCUUCUGCAGAGACAGAUGAAGACAUGGCUGUUGUCUGGAAGCUCUUAAGAGUAGGAAAUGUGAACAUCCAAGCUACUCAGGGAGGCCAGACGGCUCUGAUGUUGGGAGUCAGCCAUGACCGGGAGGAUAUGGUCCAAGCACUCCUGAGCUGUCAGGCAGAUGUCAACCUGCAGGACCACGAUGGAGCCUCAGCCCUCAUGGUAGCCUGUCACCAUGGUAAUGCCGACCUGGUGAGACUGCUCCUGGCACACCCAGCCUGUGACAGCAGCCUAACGGACAAGGCUGGCCGCACAGCUUUGUCCAUCGCUCUGAAAUCACCCACCUCAUCCGCCCAUGUGGAGAUUGCUGAGCUGCUGCGGGCCCACUCGGAACAGGGCAGGUCCCUGGGGCUGUAGGAGUUACAGAAGAACUGGCACUCAGAGACAAAAGGCUCCUUCUCUGGGCUCUCCCUCUGCCUUGGAGCGGGCAGGGGUCAUAACUACAGGGCAGUCCCUCCCCAGAAGAAACUAUGUCAAAUAUGCACAUACAUUCCUAUUGUGUAGUUCUGCUCCUUAGGAUGCUUGUAGUUGUUGCCUUAGACCUCCCCCACAAACUGCCUGGGCCCCACGGAAGUGUCCAAAGCUGGAGAGAGAGCACCAGGUCACUAGUGCUGUCCAAAACUCCUGAACAUCCUCAGCCUGGAAUUCCCUGGAGCAUGGUGGAGCCAGCCAGCAGACAGAGCACACGAGUCUGCGCACAGGAGAUAAGCAAUACUUUCUACAUGGAGUUCUCAAGUGCACUAUCUUUUUACUUUUAAUCAAGAGGAUACAAAUAUGUCCCAUGGAAUAGGCACAUCUGGAAAGGAUUCUAGGGGGACUUAAAGUUUCCACCCUGGUAAUCAUUGUCAAAAAAAUCUCUAAAAUAAAUAAAUAACCACAAAGACAGGUGAAAUGACCAAAUGAUCAUUUGGUCAUUGAAGACACAAAUCUUCAGUCGACAUGGUAGAAAGGAAGAUACUGAAGUCAAUGCCAAGCAUAAUCUUUAACACUUCUUGAGCCAUCUGCUGGCUCUACUUCUCUCCGUGGGUAUCGGAGUUAAUCAGGAAAUCCUGUCCCAU